AUGCUUCCUGAUAUUAAGAUUGUACCACUUGGAGCCGGUCAAGAUGUAGGACGUUCUUGUAUUCUGAUCUCCAUCGGAGGUAGAAAUGUUAUGCUCGAUUGUGGUAUGCAUAUGGGAUAUCAAGAUGAGCGACGAUUCCCUGAUUUUUCAUAUAUUGGAGGUGGUGGAAACUUAAAUGAUUAUUUGGAUUGUGUUAUUAUUUCUCAUUUCCAUUUGGAUCAUUGCGGCUCUCUACCUCAUAUGAGUGAAAUAGUCGGGUAUGAUGGUCCUAUAUUCAUGACUCAUCCUACCAAAGCUAUAGCUCCUGUUCUGCUGGAGGAUUACAGGAAAGUGCAAACGGAAUUCAGGGGUGACACCAACUUCUUCACUUCUGCGCAUAUCAAAUCAUGUAUGAAAAAGGUUAUUGCCGUUAACUUACACGAAACAUAUGAAGUUGAUAGCGAGCUAUCAAUUAGAGCUUUCUAUGCAGGGCAUGUCCUGGGAGCUGCCAUGUUUGAAGUGAAAGUCGGAACUCAAUCUGUUUUAUAUACAGGAGACUAUAACAUGACACCUGAUAGACAUUUAGGAGCGGCAAGAGUUUUACCGGGUUUGAAACCUGAUGUUCUUAUUUCGGAGUCUACCUACGCAACUACCAUUCGAGACUCCAAGCGUGCCAGAGAGAGAGACUUUUUGAGGAAAAUUCACGAAAGAGUUCAAGGAGGAGGCAAAGUUCUUAUCCCUGUGUUUGCGUUGGGAAGAGCUCAAGAACUGUGCAUCUUACUCGAAUCUUAUUGGGAACGAAUGGACUUGAAAGUUCCUAUCUAUUUCUCUCAGGGUUUGGCAGAAAGAGCUAAUCAGUAUUAUAGACUAUUCAUAAACUGGACUAACGAAAAAAUAAAACAUACUUUCGUUGAGAGGAAUAUGUUUGAUUUUACACAUAUCAAACCGUUGGAGAAGAACUACGAAGAUUUACCGGGAGCUAUGGUGCUUUUCUCCACUCCAGGAAUGCUUCACGGUGGUCAGUCUUUGAAAGUUUUUAAAAAGUGGUGUGGAGAUUCCAAAAAUAUGAUCAUCAUGCCUGGUUUCUGUGUGGCGGGUACAGUUGGGGCCAAAGUAAUUGGAGGCAUGAAGAAGAUCGAAAUUGAAAGUAAAAUAUACGAAAUCAACUUGGGAGUAGAAUAUAUGUCUUUCAGUGCUCAUGCUGAUGCCAAAGGUAUCAUGCAGUUGAUUCGAGAUUGCUCUCCUCGAAGCGUUAUGUUCGUUCAUGGAGAAGCUGGUAAAAUGGAAUUCUUGAAAGAGAAGGUCAUAAAAGAAUUCAAUUUGCCUGUGUACAUGCCUGCUAACGGAGAGACAGUCAGUAUCCCUCCGGUAAAUUCAAUGCAGAUUGAGGUGCCGUGGGAUAUUAUUGAGCGUAGUAUUGAACUCGAUCCGACUCCUUCAAAAAAACAUUGUCCGUUCUCGGCAUGUUUGUUGGUUGAUAAGCAGACGGGACCCGAGAUAGUUUCUUGUGAAAAAGCUGCUCAUCAACUCAAUUUGCCUCUUCAUUACAUAUCGUUUUCUCAUACUAUUCCUUGCAAAAAACCCGUGAACUGGGAGAGUUUACACAUCAAACUCCUAGAACUAGAUUGUAGCUCUCAACUCAAGCAGGAUGGUAUCGAAAUGUUCCACGGUGAAAUAGCUCUCAUCAAGUUUAAUAAAAGCAAACCUGAGAUUGAAAUGAUUUGGGACGAAUGUCGGGAAGCAUGGCAACAGCAAGUGUUAGCCAUCGUCGAAGAGCUUGUGAACUAG